AUGAAGAAAACGAGGUUUUGUAAAGAUCGGAGUGGGUUAGACGAGAUCAGAACGAGUCCACAGAAAUCGGACAGUACGUUAGCAACCGUAAGGAAAGCUGAACCUGUAACAUCGCCAUUAGACCCGAUACGUUUCUCCAGUUGGUUACGUCUAAAAAGAGUUCGAGCUUGGAUUAAUCGGUUCAUGAAUAAUUGUAAGCAACCAAGAGGCAAACGGACUGAUGGAGAAUUAACAUCCGAAGAAAUCAAUGAUUCCGAAAAUCAACUUAUUCAGCUGGCCCAAGAAAUUGCUUUUCCCGAGGAAAUUGAAGCCGUGCGAAGUGGAAAAGAAUUACCGAAAAAAAUCAAAUUACAUCCAUUAAAACCGUGGUUAGACGACGAUGAACCACGUCUGUGGCACUAACCAUACCUUAGCAUCACUCUCCUCGCGCUACUGGGUACUCUGUGGUCGUGAGGAAAUACGAGCUUGGGAGAACAAGUGUGCAGAAUGCAAAAGAAAAACAUGUAAACCUGCAAUGCAAGUGAUGGCUCCACUUCCUGAUAUAAGUGUAAGGACAGGGAACUAGUCAGUAAUGACUGGGACAUGCGCACUAGGACGUAGUUGGGUUGACGCUUUGUGUGUGAUUCCAAAGAUAUGUUUUUGCUGUUUUUAUUUUGUUUUCAAUAAAUAUAUAACGAUUUAUUGCGUGAGUUUACACUGGUGGCAGCCUGGGAUCAACAAAGACUGUUCUCCCAGACAAGAAAUUUUCUGGAGAGGGAGAUAUCCGCGAGUUUCUUCGAGAUUUCGAGAUUUACGUGGCCGUAAACGAGUGGUCGAACGAGAAGGCUGGCCAAUUUCUGGCUGUAUUUUUGACUGAUGAUGCAAAGGCUUUUUACCACCAGCAACAAGAAUCUGUACGGAAGAGUUAUAAAGAACUUUCCGGGGCGUUGAAAGAAAG